AUGAUCUACUCUGUUAUGUUAGAAGGCGCAAAAAAAAGAGAUGGAGUACUUGGGAUCAGCAGAAUUAUGAAAUACGCCGGAUGCCUUUUAAAUGCUUUUUUCGCUGCGGUUAUCGGGCGUUUUCUAGAAACGACCUUUAUUUCACACCAUUCUCUUUCAUUUCUCUUUUUCUUGUUUUUCUUUAUCUGUCUUUUGAUAUUCCUUUUUCGAAUAAAGAGACAAUUCUAUCUUUUCUUCGUUAUUCAAUUUUUAGUCGUUUUAUUCUGUUUUUUGGGCAGGGCUUCUUUUCUGGCCUUUUUUUGA